CCCCUCUCUCUCUGUCUUUCCUCCUUUUCUCUCUCUCUCUCUGUCUUUUUUUUUAUUUUAUUUUAUUUAUUAUUAUUAUUUCAUUUUAUUUAUUACUUCUUUUCUUUCUUUCUUUUCUUUCUUUAUUUUAUCGUGUAUCUUUGAAAAAGUUAACUCACCAUAUACUAUUUGAUAUGACGACAUAUACUCAAGAAAAACCUUCUAGUCGUAUUCAUUCUACACCGAGGUUCAAACUUUUUGGAAAAUCAACUUCUCUUGGUAUAUUUUCGACUAUGGGUUGGAUAACCUCAAAACCAUCGAAAAGACGACGUAUGACUGGAAAAAAAAUGUUAUCUUUAUUGACUUGUUGUUCCUUUGGUGGAAAACAUACUCAAGAUCUUAAAAAAAAACCUCAUCAACAAAACACGACACAUGAAGCUAAUAGCAAUAAUCCAACACCUUCACAAACUAUUACUUAUUCAACUACUUCUGUUAUAUCCAAAGAUCUUCAAACAUUUACAAAUAUUGACAACAAUUCACUAGAAACAAAACAACAACAAGAACAACAAGAACAACAAGAGAAGGUCAGUAUCAACGAUGUUUCAGUACAAAAACAAAAUAUUAUGAAAGACCCUCUUAGACAAUCUUCUUUGGAUGAUUUUCAAGAAACUACUACACCUUCACUCGAAAGCGAACAGGAUCUUUGGUUAUUGGCACCUAUUGCUGAACGAGAUAGAGGUCGUAAAUGUCUUGUACUUGAUUUGGAUGAAACAUUAGUACAUAGUUCUUUCAAGGUUGCUCCUCACGCAGAUUUUGUAGUACCUGUUGAAAUCGAUGGCACAUAUCACAAUGUUUUUGUUUUGAAACGACCAGGCGUAGAUGCAUUCAUGAAACGAAUGGGAGAAUUGUAUGAAAUAGUCGUUUUUACUGCUAGUUUAUCCAAGUAUGCAGAUCCCGUAUUAGAUACGUUUGAUCUUCAUCAAGUGGUACAACAUCGACUCUUCCGUGAAUCAUGUUUUCAUUAUAAAGGUACCUAUGUCAAAGAUCUAUCACAACUUGGACGUCAAUUGAAUCAAGUCAUUAUUUUGGAUAAUUCACCUGCAAGUUAUAUAUUCCAUACAGCCAAUGCUGUCCCAAUAUCUUCUUGGUUUAAUGAUCCUCAUGAUUCUGAAUUAAUUGAUCUGAUCCCAUUUCUUGAAGAUUUAGCAUCUGUAGAUGAUAUCACCGAUAUUUUAGAUAACACUAUCCCUGGCCCCUUUUCCCACUUCUAAUCUUAGUUGUAUUGCAAACUAGAUAGUUUAUUCUGUCCCCCACUCCCCUUUAUCCCCUCUCCUCUCCUUUAUUUUUUUUUUCUUGAUUCCACUAUAUCAUAUCCCAUUUUUUUUUUUUUUGCCACUCAUUUUUAUGUUUCUCAUUUUACCUCAUACAUUUGAUUUCCAUUCAUUAUUAUACAAACAUAGAAAGAAAGAAAGAAGAAAAAAAAACACAAUUCAACAAACUAUAAUAAAAUCAUUCAAUCGUAC